AUGAAAAUCGCAUUGUUUUCAAUACUCUUGAUUCUGGUCGGAUCAGCCUCUUCAUUCAAUUUUCUCGUAUUUUGCCCGCUUUAUGCUCACAGUCAUCAUAAAUUCCUUGCUAAAAUUGCGGAUACUAUAUCGGACGCUGGACACAAUGUUACUUUUCUAGCUCCAAUUAUUCUAAGAAAAUACGAAAACGUCAAGUAUCUGGAAUCUACAAGAGAUAUCGUCUACAUUCAGCCAAGUAAAAAGUUGGAAUCUCUUGGAGUCACUUCAGAUUAUUCAAAGUUUUGGUCUAAAGAUGCAACAGCGAUACAGUUUGUUCCAGCCAUCAAAGCAUUCACAAGAAUGUUUCAGCAGCUUUAUGAAGAUUUGAAAAAUGAUCUUUCGGUUCUGGAUGAACUAAAGAAUCGGAAAUUCGAUGCCAUGGUGUUUGAGUUCCUAUGUGCAACAUCCUACCCAAUUGCUGAAUAUCUCGAAAUCAAAGCUUUGUUUCCAUCGUUGUCGAUGACCCAUCAUCCAUUUAUGAGCAGAUUAAUUGGAGAACCUUCUUCUCCGACUGUUAUGCCAAGCAUGAUUUCUUCUUUCGGAGACGAUAUGACUUUCUCGGAACGUCUUCAGAAUACGAUUGGAGAUGUAUUUUUCAAUUUAUUCGUUCACCCACCACCCAUGGCCUCUUUUAAAAAUCCUGAGCGACUGAUAGAUAUUGCUGAUAUGACUGCCCGCUCUCCUUUCCUGUUCAUGAAUGGAAAUCCGUACCUGGAUUACCCACGUGCACUUCUGACAAAAACAGUUAUGAUCGGAGGAAUAUCAGUAAAUGCGACCCAAAUGAAACAAGAAAAGAUAUCCGAAGAGUACAACCAAAUUUUGGAUAAGAAUAAGAAGAAUGUGUUAAUUUCGUUUGGCUCGAUGAUUUUCUCCAAAGACAUGCCAACGAUUUACAAACAGACAAUCGUGCGAGUCAUCGCAUCAUUACCAGAUGUAACGUUCAUUUGGAAAUACGAAGAAGACGAUGUCAGUUUUUCCAAGAACCUUCCUAAUCUCCACUUUUCAAAAUGGGUUCCACAAACUGCUCUUCUUGCCGAUCCCCGUCUCUCCGCUUUCAUAACUCAUGCUGGUCUGGGAAGUGUAACUGAAUUUAGCUAUAUGGGAAAACCUGCAGUUCUUAUUCCCGUUUUCGCAGACCAAUUGAGAAACUCAAAAACUUUGGAAAGACACAACGGGUCUAUUACUUUAUCAAAAUAUGAUUUGAGUAAUUUCGAUAAGUUGAGAUCAGCAAUCAAAACUAUUUUGACGGAAGAGAGAUAUAAAAUCAACGCUGAACGUCUAGCUCAACAACUUCAAGACCAGCCCGUAUCCCCUCAUGAUCUUCUUGUAAAACAUGCAGAGUUCGGAGCCAAAUACGGAGAACUUCCAAAUCUUGACCCAAUUUCUCGCAAAAUGUCAUACAUUUCAUUUUACAUGAUUGACAUUAUCGUAUUCGUCGGUUCUAUUGUUUUUCUUGUACUAGCAUUAUUUUUUGUGAUAGCACGAUGGGUACUACGUCAAUGUUUAAGACCAAAACUGAAAGUAGAGUAA